ACGGGAGAUUCAAUGAAAUGACUAUAAACACUUGAGAAAAAAGGAAGGAACAAUAAUCGAAAUGGAGUCAACGUCAUUAUCUUUCAUAUAUUAAGUCUCGACAUUUUGAACAAAAUUCAAAGAAUUUUUCAAUUUUUUUUAAAAUUUCUCAUUUUCUAACAUUCUGCCUGGAAAAGAUAUAUAUAACAAGAAUCUGGUUAGAUGUGGCAAGAUAAGAAUCUUAUCUGCAAACACCUUCCUGCCUCAACAGACAAGAUAACGCUACGAGAUCCUUGUCUUCUGAUACAAGGUAGUGAUUACAGCCAAGAUUCCUAUACGACGAGAAUAUGGGCAAGUCGCUUGCCCAUAAAGGCAAGGAACAAGAUUCUUGUCUGUGAAACCACAAGUUUCUCGACAGGUGACUUAAGGAAUCAAAAGAAAGAUAUACUGAAAUAAUCUAUAGAUAGAUGGAUGAACGGAUGAAAAAAAGUACAAAUCACAUUAUAGUAUUCACACUGUUACUAGAAAGGCGCUUACAGCGGUAGUUUCGCCCACAUAUAUGACAAAAAAACAUUUAAGAACGUAGUAUCCAAAUAUGUAGCUCGCGCUGAAUCCCGCUCGUGGAACAUCGACUGGUGGAUCGGCUCGUCUGAAGAAAAAGAAAGUCUGCUGGUGGCUCGGCUCGAACCUGAUUCAGCUAGUUCGUGAGCGCGAGUCUACGAGCCGAUUAGGUAGCUCACCCACUUCUGGUGUACAGGCAAAAAAAAGUAAAGUAUAUAUAUGUGUAUAAACGACUAUAAAUGAAAGAGUUAAAAAGAUGAAUAAACUGUACGACAGCCUGACUAAGGAAAAGUAAAACGAAAAAUAGUAAACAACAACGAAAAAAGGAAAAUGGCAAUGAUUCAGCUAGUAUAGGAGCUGGAUAAUAACAGUUAGGAGUACAUUGAAAAUGUUCAUGCCGAAGAGAAAAAAUUUCCUGAAACAGCUUUAGCCUACUAUAAAGAAGCGGAAAGAAUUCGGUUACCAGAUCUUUAUGUUCAUCAUUACGUCCAGUUGGCACCCACUAAUAUUGCCAGUGUCCAUUAUCAUAUGCGCUAUACAGAAUUAGCCCAACAACCAACACUUCAAGCGAUAGAUUAA